AUGCUGUUGUCAAACCAAGGUCCCUUGAGUUUAGGCGCGACCUCUCAAAUCGACCGCCUCCUUUGUCCACCUACGCCUCUUCAUUUCCUCCGCGACUACGUUUCCCCCAACAAGCCAUGCCUUAUCUCCUCCGACAUCAACCACUGGCCGGCCACCACUCUCUGGCACUCUACCCAGUACCUCCUCGACGCCCUCUCCUCCUCCACCGUUUCCCUCCACCUUACCCCAACCGUUCGAGCUGACUCCGUUACCUCCCUUCCUACCUCCCCUUCUUCCCUCUGCUUCGCUUCAGCACAUGUCGAGCAGCUCUCUUUCCCUGACGCUCUGUCAAAGGUUCUCCAAUCCGAUAACAGUUCCACCGUCGCUUACCUGCAGCAACAGAAUGAUUGCUUCCGUUCGGAGUAUGAGGCUCUCGGUUCGGACUAUGAGCCCCAUUUUUCCUGGGCAUUUGAGGCCCUGGGAUGCCUUCCUGAUGUCGUGAACCUCUGGAUUGGGAAUGAUUUGUCGGAGACAUCGUUCCAUAAAGAUCAUUAUGAAAAUCUAUACUCCGUGAUCACUGGGGAAAAGCAUUUUCUGCUUCUUCCUCCCACGGAUUUCCAUAGGAUGUAUAUUAGAGAGUAUCCGGCUGCUCAAUACCACUAUUCCCAGGAGUUCGAGUUGGAAGUUGAGAAA